UCUAAGAAGUGAACUACUCCCGACGCCUAAGCGCGUCUGAAAGGUCAGGUCGGAAGGCGGCCGGCAGAACCCACGUGCGAACGACCACGUUCGCCCGCACACUUUUCCGGGACUCACACGCCACGGCGCUUACAACGCCGCGGGGAGCAGGCGGCGAGUCCACCAGAGGCUCCCGUCGCCCCCCCUCACUCUGCGUGCGUGUCCCGCCGCCCCCCGCGUCCAGGCCGAGUUCUCGCGGGGCGCGGAGACCGCGCGCGGCCGCGGAGACCGCUGGGAAGUGUGGUUUUGCUGGAGGCGACCGGGCGCAGCACCGGUGACUAGUGUGUGCGGCGCGGAGAAGUCUGAGAAAUGGCGCCUUGCUGGGGGCUCCGUUCGUGGUCCACCCCGCGGUAGUGUCGGGCCAGGCGGAAUGCUCCGACCUGGACGCUGGGAGGACGCGGCGGUGCAGUUCCCGUGAGGGCGGCGACCAUUGUCCGCGCACAGCGACCCGGCGCGUCCGGUGCGCGGAUUUGGGCAGGCGUGGGUCCCGGGGGGGGCUGGCGCGGGCCUCGGGCUAACGGCCCCGGCCCCGGGCGCUGGCACGGCCCGAGCCCUUGCUGCUCCCAGCGUCUCCCCGCGGUGUGAGCCCACGAGGGCCCUAGCUCUCUGGGCCUCUGGCCUUGCUGUGUGGAAGGGGUGCCAGGCAGCGCCCACCUCGUAGAGCGCGUGAAAAGAAAAUGGGCGAGCGAGUGCACGGAGUACCGACGGAAGAAAACGCCGCUGCACUUGUUUCUGUGUCAUCCAGUCAAGAAGCUGACGCUUUCCGGUUGUGUACCCUUGAACAAUUGUUCCAGUAUCGCCCUUUGAAUUGUCAAGUAGUUUAAAAAAAGAAAUCUGGAAUAAUGUGAAUGCCCACCGUGCAGAGUGGUGACGAUUAAAUCAGCUCAUAUUUAACAUGCUUACUACUGUUGUUUUAUGAGUUUCUCUCUUAGGUGUGUCACAGAGCUGCAAGAUAGUCCCGAUUUUUCAUGACUGCUUUUUCCUGCCCUUAAUUUGCCAUCUCAGGACAGUGCCCUCCAAUUAUACAAGAGCCUGGAAAGACAACUGUGUUGACUACUGGAAAUUGCAAAGUCAUGUUCCAGGUAACAUUUAGUGAUGUGGCCAUAGACUUCUCUCAUGAAGAGUGGGGAUGGCUAGAUUCUGUUCAGAGGGAUUUAUACAAGGAUGUGAUGGUCCAGAAUUAUGAGAACCUGGUCUCUCUAGGUCUUUCGAUACCUAAGCCAUAUGUGAUCACUUUAUUGGAGGACGGGAAAGAACCUUGGAUGGUGGAGAAAAAACUGAGAAAAGAUUGGAAAUUAAGAUGGGAAAACAAAGAAUUAUCAACAAAGGAGGAUAUUUAUGAGGAUGACUCACCCCAAACGGUAAUAAUAGAAAAAAUGAUAAAACAAAGUUGUGAAUUUUCAAAUUUUAACAAGGACUGGGAAUAUAUAGAGAAUGGGGAAUGUGUUUAUAAAUACAAUACAUUUAGAAGCAUUUUCUAUUUAAAUUUAAAGUCUGUUCUUUCUGAACUACAGAGAAUUUCUGCUGAAGGGAAAUCACAUAAACAUGAUAUAUUUAAGAAGAUCUUACCGAAAAAGUCAUUAAUAAAAAAUGAGAAUAUCAAUGGUGGAAAGAAACUUUUGAAUUCUAAUGAAAGUGUGGCAGCCUUCAGCCAGAGCAAAUCUCGUACCCUUCACCAGACUUAUAAUAGAGAGAAAGUCUAUACAUGCAGUGAAUGUGGGAAAGCCUUUGGCAAACAAUCAAUUCUUAAUCGCCACUGGAGAAUUCAUACAGGAGAGAAACCUUAUGAAUGUCGUGACUGUGGGAAGACUUUUAGCCAUGGCUCAUCCCUUACUCGCCAUCAGAUAAGCCAUAGUGGUGAGAAACCUUACAAAUGUAUUGACUGUGGGAAGGCCUUUAGCCAUGUCUCAUCACUUACUAAUCAUCAAAGCACUCACACUGGAGAGAAACCAUAUGAAUGUAUGAACUGUGGAAAGUCUUUUAGUCGUGUUUCACAUCUCAUUGAGCAUCUGAGAAUUCAUACUCAAGAAAAACUCUAUGAGUGUCAAAUAUGUGAGAAGGCCUUCAUUCAUAGGUCAUCUCUCAUUCACCAUCAGAAAAUUCAUACUGGAGAGAAACCUUAUGAAUGUAGUGAAUGUAGAAAAGCCUUUUGCUGUAGCUCACACCUUACUCGACAUCAAAGAAUUCACACUAUAGAGAAACAAUUUGAAUGCAACAAAUGUCUGAAAGUCUUUAGUAGCCUCUCAUUUCUUAUUCAGCAUAAGAGUAUUCAUACUGAAGAAAAACCCUUUGAAUGUCAGAAAUGCAGGAAAUCCUUCAACCAGCCUGAAUCACUGAAUAUGCAUUUGAGAAAUCACAUUAGAUUGAAACCUUAUGAAUGCAAUAUAUGUGGGAAAGCCUUCAGUCAUAGGUCAUCCCUGCUUCAACAUCACAGAAUUCAUACUGGAGAGAAACCCUAUGAAUGUAUAAAAUGUGGGAAGACCUUCAGUUGUAGUUCAAAUCUUACUGUACAUCAGAGAAUUCAUACUGGAGAAAAGCCAUAUAAAUGUAAUGAAUGUGGGAAAGCUUUUUGCAAAGGCUCAAAUCUUACUGCCCAUCAGAGGAUACAUAAUGGAGAGAAACUCAGUAGUGCCCUAAGUGUGGAAAAACCUUUAGGCUAUCUGAAUCACUAUAUGUGUGAAAAAUCACAUAUGAGAGAAACUGUAUGAAUGCAGUGUUUUUCAUAAUAUAUUUCAGCCAUUGAUCCUCCCUGAUUGAGCAACAGAAAAUCUAUAUUGGAGAAAAUUCUUAUGAGAAUAAUAAUUAUAGGAAGGUCUUUAGCAAUGGUACAAGACAUAUUGUCCAGAGUUCACACUGAGGAGAGACCAUAUGAAGGCAAUAAAUGUGAGAAUGCUUUUAGCCAGUAUUAAUCUUUUAAUAAGUAAACCCACACUGUAUUUACUGUUCUAUAUAUGUAAUAACAGAUAUGGGGAAGACUUGGCAAUAUGAAUCUCUUAUGAAAUAUGUACAAACAUGUAUAAGAGAGACAAAAUAUGAAUAUAAAUUUGUGGAAAGUCCUUUAAUUAAAGUGUAUCUCUCAUGCUACAUCAAAGAACUCACACUGCAGAGAAAGCUUAUGUAAGAAAUGUAGCAAAGUGUUCACUAAGAGCUCUUAUUUUCUUAGACAUGGAAUGUUUGGAACAACCUGUGUACUAAUUCUAGAACAACCUGAAGGAUGUAGGAAUUAUGUGUAAAUCUUUGCAAUGAUACCAUUUGUAAACAGUUUUAUAGGAGAGCAAACAAGCAUAUUAUAAAUAAAUAAGCAUUUCUUAUAACAGUAGCUUGCAAUUUUACUUAAGUUCUACAUAGAAAUUAUCUUUGGUUAAUGGGCAUGGGAAGAUAUUUAGUUACUCAGUGGAUUGAGUAAAUGUUAUAAAGAUGAAAAUUAAAUUUGCAAAAGAAGUAAAAA